AUGCGCCUGUCAUACCUUCCUUCACCUAUGGGUUCCUCCCUUUUUCUUUUCUUUCCUUUUAUACUUCUUUUUUUUUUUCGCUUACUUGCUUACUGUAUGUCCGCAGGCGGAAGCUUUUCUUGUCUCUCUUCUUUUCUUUUUCUUUUUUCCUUUAAUUUUUUUUUCGCUAUUAUUAUUAUUGUUGUUAUUGUUAUUGUUAUUGCUAUUAUUAUUAUUAUUUGUUGUUGCUGUUGA